AAUCUAGGUCAAGGUGCGGAGCUAUAAUGUUAAAAUUGGGUCAAAAUAAGUAUGGAUAGUGGAAUGAACAGUUUUCUUCAUUUACCUUCCAUAAAACUUGGUCAAAAAAGGAUCAGAUGUGUUUGUCUGUGCAGAAAUGAUAAAUUUCACAUUGAUGUCCAACAUGCAAUGACCAAAGGAGAGCUCCUGUUUCUUGCAACAGAUGUAUUACAGGUAACAGGAUGUGAGCAGCCAGCCAAGAAUUUCCCAAGAAUCCAUGCAAGAUAUGCAAGAAAUGGACUUGCAGCAAAAGUUCAACUGAAAGGUAUUCGUAUUCAUGGUUGGAGCAGUCCAGUCUGGUGUUACUCUGUCCAAGGAUUGUUAAAAGCUGUAUUUGAAUAUCAGGACAAGGAAAUACAGAAAAGCUGUUUACAGAACUUUAAGGAUAUGUGGAUGCAAACUAUUGACCUGCCACCACUACCAGACUCUCUGAUCCUGGAAUAUGAUAAAAAUUACUCAAAUUCAAGCAAUAGAGCCUACAGUGAUCCAAACAGAGAAGUCACAAGUGAACCAUAUAAAGAGCACUGCAAUAAAGCAUCUGAAGUUUCUGGGAGAACAGUUGACAAUGAUAAAGACAAGUACAAAGAUACAGACACUAUGGAAAAAUCUCCCCUUGAGCAAGUAGGGAAAGAAGAUCCAGGUGCAGAGACAUUAAGGGCAUUAUCAGUGGUGGGCAGGUGUUUACUCCACAACAAGAAACUAUUCAAGACAAACCAACAGGCAUUUCACAUGUUAGAUAUAUUAAGCAAGGUAACACAGGUAUUGCAGCAUAGCAGAUCUAACUCUAACAAUGAAUUUGACCUCUCAGAUGGAUUUCCUUUCCAUCUUGUUGAGACUUAUCUCAAUAUCAUUCAGGAUAAAUGUGUUAGCGGUAAGUUUCAGAAUAAAUUCUCCGUGCCUCUUCACAGGAAUGUAGCCCUUUGUGUUGUCGCAGAAUGGCUUGGAAAAGAAUACUAUAGAUUGCAAAACAAGAUAUGUGAGGAAGUAGACAAGUUUAAAAUGGCACAUAUUGACUGUAUUGAUAAUUUACCACCCCCAGUGAAGCUUGUCAAGUCAUUAUUCCCACAGUGCAUGAUUCUUCUGCUUCAAAACUGGAUGGCAGGAAGUGAUCCCCCAAAAAGGGAGCAGAUACAAGACCAGAUGGUACAGUGUGAAACAGCAGCAAAGUCAAAGGUCAGUGAUCAGCAGAACAUGUCAGAUAGUAGUGAAGAAAACUUUCAAACGAGCUCUUCUCCAACAGAACCACAUAUUAAGAGACGCAAAUGCCAAGAAGAAUAUGGACAAUGCAGAGACUCAGAUAGAAAUGAAAUGAGUGAUUCUGUCAAUGUAGACUCAGCAUUUCCUUUUAUUCAGUUAAUUUUGGAAUUCACAAACAAAGCUUUGAUAUCAGGGGUUGCACAUGUGGUUUACUCAAGGAUGCUUCAUAUGUGAUUUAUUCCUUCAGUGUGUGUUAUUAAUUAUCUUCAGUUGUGUGUCUUAUUGUCAUAAGUUUUACAAGGCUUUUUAUGGCAAGUUGUAUGAAAUUCAUAUAUGAAAAGAAGUAGAUGUAGUUUAGACUGCAUUCCCAUAGAUUUAGAUCGAACCAUCUAGAUCGACCUAACUCCCUAGGGGUUCACACUAAAUUG